UGCACAUCCUUCCCUCGACUUGAAAGACGAAAAGUGACAUUCUGAUGAAACUCGGGAACGCUUCAGAAUUUCAUCAUGAAAUUUUCCAAAAUGAAACUAGAGCAUUAUUGGAUCAUUUUCGAUUAUAUGCUGUUUUUACGUAAGUCUGAAUGCUGAACCGCAAAUCGCGCUGAAAAAUAGGCAGUGGUCGUUACGCGGGUUGCCUACCCACAACCUCCGUAAGGCGCCAUGUAAGCGGAAUAUGUGAAUGAGCGCAGCAGAAUCUAUGGCAAUUUCCUACACAGGUAGUAAAUCAUUUAUUUUAAAACAGUACCAAUUGAAAGAACUGGUUUGCCAGUUCAGAAUGGCAAGAAUGCCAGGAAUAUAUACAGGUACACUUAAAGCCCAAAUUAAGCCCCUCCCAUAGCAGCGAGAUUUGAAAUGAAUAUGUAAUUGUAGUCACACGUUAUUUAGCGACUAUGACAUCUUUCAAAAUGUCAAAAUGACAUUGUGGUGGCAGUACCAAAUUUGUUAAAAAUAUUAUUGCCACCUUGUAACUUGCGGAAUUCCCCUGUCAUGCUUCAAUUACCAUUUUGAUUCAGUUCUGCGAGCAGCUUACUAACUUACUACUGAACCAAGUAUCCCACUCGAAGACUGUGAGCCUCUUGCCCAGUGUGUGUAAAACUCAAGUUAGUUUGAUCUAUUUUACCUGAUGUCGUUUUGAUAUAAAAGUUAAAAUUUUCAUGAUGCUGCAUGACAACUAAAUGCUGUCACUUUUACUCGGCGCACUACAUUAUCAUUUCCGAGUCACAACAUUGGGACUGUAACAUUUGUGGUCAGAAUUUUGUCAAUAUCAUGUCAGUGUGACAUAUUGUUGACUUUACGAUACUUUGGUUCCCUUGUGACAUAGAUUACAACAUCAUGUAAUGCACCCGCUAUCUUUUGGUAUCACCUUGUUGAAGGGGUAUUACAAUAAAACUGUGGCAAUUUUGUACAUUUAAAAAGAUUUUUUUUUCAGACUUUAAUUGUAUUGAUAUAUCUAACCUGGGAUUCUGCGCAGUGUAUUUUGUUUUACAAAUGCUCUCAACAUUAAAAUUAACAGGAUUGACAGUCUCAUUUCAUAGUCAUCAAAAAGAUGGCUAAGGGGAGGCUCCUUAGGCUUUUUAAAUCACUAGAAAGUAAGCAAUCAAGUCCAAGUAAAUAAAUCUCUCUGUUUAUUGACAUUGUAUUUGGUUCAGCGAGAUGGAGAGGAACCAAAUUAAUUUGCCGAUUAGUGAUUUUAAUACAUUACAAUGUUUUUAACGAUGUGUUUUCAUGCCAGGAAAAGUAAAAUGCAAAGGGUAUAGUGUAUUGAAAGAUGUGAGUUUCAUGUAUGAAUGAAAAGUUAUGUUUAACGUGAAAUAUCCAUACAAUGCGCUUCACGAAAUUGAAAAUUGUCUUAGAGGACACUGAUAACAAAAAGUAUAACUCCCUUCAAUAUAAACUCCCACUUCACUGUGGUUUCCUAUAUUUUAAGCAUGUUGCAGUUGAAAAUUGUCUUUGAGGAAAGUUAAAUUGGAGUUUAUAUUCUGACAAGGUUAAGCUGAAGUGAUGGUUAAUAAACAAUCUGAAGAUUCAGCUAUAAAAAUGAAGAUGCGACUGUCACUCUAACUUCUCAGUUUUGACGAUCACAGCUCUCCUAUCACAAUAAUUGCUCUAACUCUCCCAUUUUCAACUUUUAAUUUGUUUGGAAAUUACAAACAUCGGUGUGAAAACCUAAACUCUUCGCGUCAAAACACAGCAGCUCACCAUUUAUCGUAUCUGCUGAUUUUUCAUACACCGCUAUAAGGCUAGCAAAGAAAGCACGAUGGUAGUGGUGGGGGAACUUGACUGUGAAUAGUCGUGAACCCGACUUCGGUGUCGGUGUGGAGGGUGCCGUCCAUGAAAAACAUGGCUUCUUAUUUGCGUUAAUCUCUUUCAUUUAUGGCUUUAUUCGAUGUGUCAUGAAUAGAUCUCUAGAUUAAGAAACAUGGAAAUGUUGUACAUUUAGCUAAAAAUGCAAAGAAGUUCUAAGACUAAAGAGAUGUUCAUUGUGCGUGCUUUGGAGAAGAUCCUGAGCGACAAAGAUAUCAAACGGUCGUACCAUUCUCAACUUAAACGUUCCUGUGAGAUAGCUUUAGAGGAAAUAAAGAAUGAGCUGAAAGAUGCAGAUGCUGAAGCAGGAAAUUCAUCUUCAGCUCUACCCUUGCCCAAAGAAGAUGCAGCCAAUAAUGUUUCUGCCGAGAAGUACUUUUUACCUUUUGAACUGGCUUGUCAAAGCAAAUCUUCACGAAUCGUUGUGACAGCCUUGGAUUGCCUUCAGAAACUGAUUGCCUAUGGCCAUCUGACUGGAAAUAUUCCUGAUUCCACAACACCAGGGAAGCAACUUAUUGAUCGUAUAGUGGAGACUAUUUGUGGUUGUUUCAGUGGUCCACAAACAGAUGAGGGUGUUCAAUUGCAAAUAAUUAAGGCUUUGCUAACUGUUGUAACCAGUCAACAUGUUGAAGUACAUGAAGGAACUAUCUUACUUGCUGUUCGCACCUGUUAUAACAUUUACUUGGCAAGCAAAAACCUUAUCAACCAGACUACAGCAAGAGCCACCUUGACCCAAAUGUUAAAUGUUAUCUUUGGUCGUAUGGAGAGUCAGGCUGAGAUAGAUGAGAUUGACAAACUAAAAGAGUUAUCUGAUAGUUCAAAUGAACGCCCUCAAGCAGAAGGUAGUACUAAAGCACCUGAAACUGAACCUGCUCCAGUACAAAUCACUCCCACUAGCCCAACAGAAACUACUCCUGCCUCUUUUCCUGUCUCUGAGAAUCAAACUGUAAGUGAGGACACUCAAAUAGCUGUUGCAUCAAACCAUGCUCCAACUGUACUGAAUGACAGACCAGAAACCAUCGGUGAGAGUUCUCCUCCUCAACUUUUAACUGAAACCAAUCAGGAGGAUGGGAUAGAAUCAACUGUUGAUAAAUCUUCUGCAGGUGUUGUUGAAGAGCGCACACCUGGUGAUGGUGAAGGAGGUGAUUCAAAUCAAGAAAUGGUGAUAGGAAUAUUAAACUCCAUAGUAGAAACAGUUGUUCAAGGCUGUGAGUCAAAUGGUGUUCCCCCUGGGGUUAUACAUGGAGCUCAAGAGGCUACAGGUGAUGCUUUGUCAGUGGCAGAGCCCAGUGCUAAUUCUGAAAUUGAAAAUAAUAUUUCUAAUAGUGUUGGUAUAGCCCCAAAUACUAAUGCACCUCAAACAACUCCCUUGCCGAGGGUUCCCUCUCAGGAAAGUGUUGAUGUUAGCAAUGAAAGUGAUGCUGUCACUACUACUCCAAAAUUUACUCAUGUUAGACAGAAAGAUGCUUUCCUAGUUUUUCGCUCCCUGUGUAAACUGUCAAUGAAACCUGUUCCAGAACAACCUGACCCCAAGUCACACGAACUUCGAUCCAAGAUCUUAUCCCUUCAUCUGCUUCUGUCAAUACUUCAGAAUGCUGGGCCAGUAUUUCGGGCCAAUGAAAUGUUUAUUACAGCUAUUAAACAAUAUCUUUGUGUUGCCCUCUCCAAAAAUGGAGUGUCCUCAGUGCCUGAGGUGUUCGAGCUGUCACUUGCAAUCUUCCUUGCUCUGCUCUCCAAGUUCAAAAUGCACCUAAAAAUGCAAAUUGAGGUUUUCUUCAAAGAAAUUUUCCUCAAUAUUUUAGAAACUUCUAGCUCUUCUUUUGAACAUAAAUGGAUGGUUAUCCAGGCUCUGACAAGAAUAUGUGCUGAUGCACAAAGCGUUGUUGACAUUUAUGUUAAUUAUGACUGUGAUCUAUCUGCUGCUAAUUUGUUUGAAAGGCUUGUGAAUGAUUUGUCUAAAAUAGCUCAGGGACGUCAAGCUUUGGAGCUAGGUGCAACUCCAAACCAGGAAAAGUCAAUGCGCAUAAGAGGCUUGGAAUGUCUUGUUUCAAUUCUCAAAUGUAUGGUGGAGUGGAGUAAAGACUUGUAUGUUAACCCGAACUCCCAAACAUCAUUGGGUGAACGAAAAGAUCCCGAGACUGAGCCUAUACCCCAGCCUUCAAGCACAGGCAGUAUGAAGUCAACACAUGGCGGUAGUAGCAAUAGUAUCAACUCAGCCACGUCCAGUGUCAGCAUGAAUACCAUCAAUAGAGAAUUUCUUGACUCUCCAGAACAAUUUGAAGUUCUCAAGCAGCAAAAAGAAGUAUGGGAAUCAGGUAUACAGAUAUUCAAUCGGAAACCAAAGAAGGGAGUUCAGUAUCUUCAAGAGCAGCGUCUUCUGGGAUCUACUCCAGGAGAAGUUGCCGAAUGGCUUCAUUCUGAUGAACGCCUAGACAAGACUGGAAUAGGAGACUUUUUAGGGGACAGUGAUGAUUUCUGCAAAGAGGUGAUGUAUGCAUACAUAGAUCAAAUGAAUUUUAAGGACCGUGACCUAGUAGCUGCCCUACGAUAUUUCUUGGAAGGUUUUAGACUUCCAGGAGAAGCUCAAAAAAUUGAUCGUCUCAUGGAAAAAUUUGCGAGUAGAUAUUGUGAAUGUAACCCCAAUAAUAAUCUGUUUGCAAGUGCUGACACUGCGUAUGUCCUUGCAUAUUCCGUCAUUAUGUUAACCACUGACUUACAUUCACCUCAAGUUAAAAGCAAAAUGACUAAAGAACAAUAUAUUCGUUUAAAUCAAGGGAUAAGUGACAGCAAAGACUUGCCUCAAGAAUAUCUUUCUCAAAUUUAUGAUGAAAUUGCUGGCCAUGAAAUAAAGAUGAAAGGAGGUUCAAGUAAACCAGGCAAACAAGUUAUUUCAAGUGAAAAGAAACGUCGCUUCCUCUGGAAUAUGGAAAUGGAAGUGAUCUCGACUGCUGCUAAAAACUUAAUGGAAUCAGUCAGUCAUGUUCAAGCUCCAUUUACAUCAGCAAAACAUCUUGAACAUGUCCGGCCAAUGUUUAAGAUGGCAUGGACUCCGUUUUUGGCGGCAUUCAGCGUUGGUCUUCAGGAUUGUGAUGAUCAGGAAAUUGCUUAUUUAUGUCUUGAUGGUAUUCGUUGUGCAAUUCGUAUCACCUGUAUUUUUCAUAUGACUCUGGAACGUGAUGCUUAUGUUCAAGCAUUGGCAAGAUUUACUCUGCUUACUGCGAAUUCGCCAAUCACAGAGAUGAAAGCUAAAAAUGUUGAUACUAUCAAGACACUCAUCACUGUGGCGCACACCGAUGGAAAUUAUCUUGGAACAUCAUGGUUGGACAUCAUUAAAUGUAUCAGUCAGUUGGAAUUGGCUCAGUUAGUUGGAACUGGUGUCCGACCUCAGUUCAUCUCAAGUACAAAGAGCUAUGAUCAUCACCACCCAGAUCUACUCAGUAAAAUGUUGGAUCCAAAUGUAAAAGAGUCAAUUGGUGAAACUUCAUCACAGAGUGUUGUUGUUGCUGUGGAUAGAAUAUUUACUGGCUCAAUCAAACUCGAUGGUGACGCCAUUGUUGACUUUGUUAGGGCAUUGUGUCAGGUUUCACUGGAUGAGUUAGCUCACCCCCAACAUCCUCGCAUGUUCAGUUUGCAAAAAAUUGUAGAAAUUUCCUAUUACAACAUGGGGAGAAUCCGUCUUCAAUGGUCUCGAAUCUGGCAGGUUCUUGGUGAACACUUCAACAAAGUUGGGUGCAAUCCUAGUGAGGAUAUUGCUUUUUUUGCCGUAGAUUCACUUAGACAACUAUCAAUGAAAUUUAUUGAGAAAGGGGAAUUUGCCAACUUUAGAUUCCAGAAAGAUUUUCUAAGGCCAUUUGAGCACAUUAUGAAGAAGAACCGAAUGCCAUCAAUCCGAGACAUGGUUGUACGGUGUAUUGCACAGAUGGUUAAUUCCCAGGCUCAUAACAUCAGAUCCGGAUGGAAAAAUAUUUUCAGUGUUUUUCAUCUAGCUGCUUCUGACAGUGAUGAAGCAAUUGUUGAACUAGCAUUUCUCACCACUGGGAAGAUUAUCAAUCAAUUAUAUGCACAGCACUUUCCGAUUAUGAUAGACUCAUUCCAGGAUGCUGUAAAAUGUCUUUCGGAGUUUGCAUGUAAUGCUAGCUUUCCGGAUACAAGUAUGGAAGCAAUUCGUCUUGUUAGAACAUGUGCAAUUUAUGUGGAUGAAAAGCCUCAGCUAUUUUGUGAACAUACAAUGGAGGAUAACACAGUACCAGAAGAGGAUAGAGUAUGGGUUAGAGGCUGGUUCCCUCUUUUGUUUGAACUAUCUUGUGUUGUAAGCCGUUGUAAACUAGAUGUUCGAACCAGAGGUCUUACAGUGUUGUUUGAGAUUGUCAAAACACAUGGCGAUGCGUUUAAACCACAUUGGUGGAAGGACCUCUUUCAAGUUCUGUUCCGAAUAUUUGAUAAUAUGAAGUUGCCUGAACAACAUACUGAGCCCAGUGCAGAGCUUGCUGCUAAUCUUGAGAAAGCCGAGUGGAUGACCACAACGUGCAAUCAUGCAUUGUAUGCUAUUAUUGAUGUCUUUACUCAGUAUUUUGACACUCUUGGGCCCUUACUACUUGGAGACCUCUAUUCUCAAUUACAUUGGUGUGUGCAGCAGGACAAUGAACAACUUGCAAGGUCAGGAACAAAUUGUCUUGAAAAUUUGGUCAUAUCUAAUGGACUAAAGUUUAAUGAAGAAACUUGGGACAAAACAUGUCAAUGCAUGGUUGACAUUUUCACUGCUACUAUACCCAAUGCCCUUUUGACAUGGAAACCUCCAGAGACAAUUGGCAAAGAAAGUGAUUUGGACAUAAUAAUGUCACCUAAUGAUUCAUCGCAGUAUGAUGGGGCUGUUGCAGCACUAGCAAAUCAAAAGCAGACUGGCAUACUGAAGCGUUCUAACAGUACUCACAGCGAAAUAAGUGUUAGCAGCAAUUCCCCCGAAGACAAAGCAAAUAGGCAGGUUUCCUCACCAGAAAACAAGCUGUUUUCUGGCCUUCUCAUUAAGUGUAUUGUGCAACUUGAGUUAAUUCAGACAAUUGACAACAUUGUCUUCUACCCGUCUACAUCUCGAAAAGAAGAUCAAGAAAAUCUUGCUCUUGCACAGGCUGACUUAAUGCACUCUGAAGCUCCCUUGUCAUCAAGUAUCGUCUCUGAGCAAACAGAAGAAUUGGGAAUGUAUUGUCAUUUAAGUUCAAAGCAUCUUCUACUUUUGACUGAUUGCUUACUUCAGUCUCAUCGUUUUGCGAAAGCAUUCAAUUCUAAUCAUGAACAACGAAAUUUACUUUGGAAAGCAGGAUUCAAGGGGAGUGUGAAACCAAAUUUACUGAAGCAAGAAACUCAGUCAUUGGCCUGUGUUCUUCGCAUUCUUUUUAAGAUGUAUUCAGAUGAGAAUCGUCGAGAGGCAUGGCCUCAAAUUCAGGAAAGAUUGAUUGAAGUAUGCAGAGAAGCUCUGGAGUACUUCCUGUGCCUUCAAUCAGAAUCUCAUAGAGAUGCGUGGACGUGUUUGUUGCUUCUUGUGCUGAACAGAAUUUUUAAAAUGACUGAUGAACGGUUUGCUGCCCAUGCUUCAAGUUAUUAUCCUCUACUUUGUGAAAUAAUGUGUUUUGAUCUGAAGCCAGAACUGCGGUCGGUUCUACGACGCUUCUUCCUUCGUAUUGGUCCAGUGUUUGGGAUUACAAACUCAACAGAAGCAAUUCAUUCAUCAUAUGGUCAGGUAAACACCUCAGUGUGAAGUACGAUCAACUCCUUUGUUAAUGGCUGUUAAUGUUAAAAAUAUGAAUAUUUAUAUUGUUAUUGUUGCUCUGAAGUUUAAUGAAGUAGUUCUGACUAAUAUCCUCUCUGUCAUACAUUGUCAUUAUACAGCUUUCAAGUUCACAAUUGACUUAUGUUUGCUUCACAUGAGUCCUGAAUGUGAUAUUUAACUGCAAAAUUUGAAGUAGAAAAUUUAAAUAUUCAAUAGGUGCCCAAAUUGCAGUCCGACAAUUUUAAUAAGAUUUUACAAAUGUAAAUUAUGUUAAUUUUAUAUCAUGAAGUUAGUUGGCUCAUAUUGUUUUUAAGGUGAAAUUUAUGAGAAGACUUUAUGAUAAAUGUACUGUUGACAGGGUCCAGCAUAAGGUAUUUUUGAAGUAUGGUAUGACUUUUAUUUUGUCUUAGUUGUACUCUAGAAAUAUGAAACUGUAUCGGAUGUUUUUAUUUCUUUCUUCCUUUCUUUACUCCAUUUUUUUAUUGUAAAUAGUCAUCAUCAAAAUGGAAUAUUGCUAUAUUUAUAUUUUUACCUUCAUUGUGUUAAUGUUAUUAUUUAUAAUUCCAUUGCCAUUUUCAAAGGUUUGUGCAUGCAAAUCCAGUGUGGCCUUGUACCAUCAUUUCUUUUAAGUUCACUCUUCUGUCUUCGCCAUCAGGGCAAAUGGUUAUUACUCUAGAAUAACUACUGCUUAAAUGUUUUCCCCUCUCCCUGCUACGAGUUCUAUUGCGUACCCCAGAUCUGACAAGUAGUAUGCAAGCUUGGUGAUGCCGUGCUGCUGCUUCUACGAACUUCCUUUAAGCUCAUUUGUAUAUUAGAGAAUUAUUACCUCUGUAUGUUCCCAUCCCUCUAUGGCUACUUAUGCUGUGUGAAAGUCCUGUUUUAUGAUUAAGACCCUUCUCAUGGCCUUUCUUUGAACUUUAAAGAUAUUAGUGUUAGGCCUCUUCAUCUAACUGAAGCAGUUUUAUCAGUGUUGGUUGACCCCUGAAUGUUUUUGGGUUGGUCUGUGAAGGAUUUGUUAGGAUCUUUGCUUGAUCCAUAAAGGACUGAAAAUUUUAAAUCUCUGUCUUGAACAAGAAUUUUGUUUUUUUUUCAUACGAUACUGAUUUAUUGUGGAUGUCUAUCCAGAUCACUUAAGUGAUGUUUUCGGUGGUAAAGUCAUCAAAGUUGCCAUGUUUUGUUUUGUUUUAUUUAAAUUAUAUACGUAUUAUUGAAGGUUAUUCAUAGUGAAGUAAUGUUUUUUAUUGCCUGGAUUUGCACUGGUGGAGUCCAUAAUGUGCUUUUGAAACCCAUUUUGUGAUAUCGUUGCUGUCCAGCUUUACAGAAUCAAUUACUUAUGACAAUGUUAUUAAAACAUAUAUUAUGCAGGGCUUUAAUUGCUCCUUAAAGAAAUAUUGCUGUCCAAAAGGUCACCCCCUUUUCCUACCCUUUCAAUCAAACCUGUAUGUUUACUGAAUUUCAAAAAGAUUGAAAGGAAUUAAGCAGGAAGCGGCGUAGGAUAUACUCUUAGAUGUGUGACCACUACAUUAUUUUUAUUAGGGGUUCUUCCUUUGUUGAGUGAGGCAAUGAGACCCUUAUAUCAGAAUCAGUCUUACACCCUGAAUAUAUUUUUCAACCUAUUAAAUUGUUUUUCUUGUAAUAUUUAACUUGAGGCUUUUCUAGUCAUGCAUAAGGUUAACUUUACCACUCAUUAUGAUUAUAGAAAUGCCUAAACUGAUUAUAGUAGUACUUAACUUAUGUUUUUUUUUUUUUUAGAACAAAUUUCUGGCCAAUACUUAUGGCAUGAAUAGCCAAAAGAUUGCAUGAGAUUGAAUAUAAAUUGUACACAAGCAAGAGUGCUCUACAUUUAUGGAGUUAUAGAUAAUACAUCACAAUAUAAAACAUAGUCGUAUUUAAGUAUUAUUCAGAAGCAUGUAUUUAGGUCGAUUGUAGGUGAUUUAUCCUCCGUACACAUUGACUUUACAUUAAAUGCUUUUUGCUUUUCUAGGCCAUUCCGCAUCAUGUGGUCGCGAUGUAUCUUAUCAAUGGCACCUUCAGUUUGGUUUGAAUACUGACUUUAUCAGCACCAUAAACAUGACUGAACAUUUUUAUGUUUUGUUACAUAUAUGUUUUUUUAGGUAGCAUAUUUUAUUGAUUUGUUUUCCUUUGAUGUCAUUUGUUGAAUUAGUUUCAAAUUGGUCAUUUUAUAAUGCCUUGUACUGAAGCAGACCUUAUAUCUUAGAGCAUUAUUGAUGUAAGGGACAUUCCAGUCCAGUUACUAUUGGAUAUAUUGGUCAAUCAUUCAUUAAGUGUUCUUGUUAAGCUAAUUUUGAGCAAUGAGACAGAUAAAAUAAAUCUGUUAAUCUGAAACCUA